UUGGGCUAGAGCUCUCGGAGAAGUGGGAUCGGGAGGCCGGUGCGCGGCGCUCUGCGCGGUCAAAGGGAGCGCCCGGCGACAGCAGCGGUAACAGGAGCAGCAGCAGCCCCGGCGCGGCCGCCGCCUCCGCGCCGCCGGGACCCGCGGCUGCAGCCUCCGAAGGGAGGCUGGGGAAGCCCGCGUGCGACUUUCCCGCGGACUUUCGGACUGUUUGUGGAUUUACAUGCCAAGCCAUCAAGAUGAUGUCUAUGAACAGCAAGCAGCCUCACUUUGCCAUGCAUCCCACCCUCCCUGAGCACAAGUACCCGUCGCUGCACUCCAGCUCCGAGGCCAUCCGGCGGGCCUGCCUGCCCACGCCGCCGCUGCAGAGCAACCUCUUCGCCAGCCUAGACGAAACGUUGCUGGCGCGGGCCGAGGCGCUGGCGGCCGUGGACAUCGCGGUGUCCCAGGGCAAGAGCCACCCGUUCAAGCCGGACGCCACGUACCACACGAUGAACAGCGUGCCAUGCACGUCCACGUCCACCGUGCCGCUGGCGCACCACCACCACCACCACCAUCACCACCAGGCGCUAGAGCCCGGCGACCUGCUGGACCACAUCUCGUCGCCCUCGCUCGCGCUCAUGGCCGGCGCGGGCGGCGCGGGCGCGGCGGGCGGCGGCGCCCACGACGGUCCGGGGGGCGGUGGCGGCCCAGGGGGCGGCGGCGGCCCAGGCGGCGGCGGCCCCGGGGGCGGCGGCGGCGGCGGCCCGGGGGGCGGCGGCGGCCCGGGCGGCGGGCUGCUGGGCGGCUCGGCGCACCCGCAUCCGCACAUGCACGGCCUGGGCCACCUGUCGCACCCAGCGGCGGCAGCCGCCAUGAACAUGCCGUCGGGGCUGCCGCACCCCGGGCUGGUGGCGGCGGCUGCGCACCAUGGGGCGGCGGCGGCGGCCGCAGCGGCAGCGGCCGGGCAGGUGGCGGCGGCGUCGGCGGCGGCGGCCGUGGUGGGCGCGGCGGGCCUGGCGUCCAUCUGCGACUCGGACACGGACCCGCGCGAGCUGGAGGCGUUCGCGGAGCGCUUCAAGCAGCGGCGCAUCAAGCUGGGCGUGACGCAGGCCGACGUGGGCUCAGCGCUGGCCAACCUCAAGAUCCCGGGCGUGGGCUCGCUCAGCCAGAGCACCAUCUGCAGGUUCGAGUCGCUCACGCUCUCACACAACAACAUGAUCGCGCUCAAGCCCAUCCUGCAGGCGUGGCUCGAGGAGGCCGAGGGCGCCCAGCGCGAGAAAAUGAACAAGCCCGAGCUCUUCAACGGCGGCGAGAAGAAGCGCAAGCGGACUUCCAUCGCAGCGCCCGAGAAGCGCUCCCUCGAGGCCUACUUCGCCGUACAACCCCGGCCCUCGUCCGAGAAGAUCGCCGCCAUCGCGGAGAAACUGGACCUCAAAAAGAAUGUGGUGCGGGUGUGGUUUUGCAAUCAGAGACAGAAGCAGAAGCGGAUGAAAUUCUCCGCCACUUACUGAGAUGGGUGGGAGGUGCCGGGAGGGUCAGAGCGGGAAGCUGACUGGGCACUGCGGGGGCUUCCCCCGGGCCUGCAUCCCCCAGCCCCGGAUUUGGAGUAUCCGCUAUCCUGCCUGCGUUCGGGUCUUCCUCGCUCACUCUCCUCCGCCCCGUCCUUGCUCUCCCUGCCCUUUCCGUUCCUCUGCUUAGGGGACUGGGGUGCUGGGUGUGGACCCAAGAGAGUAUGGAGGGAGGGAAGCGGGAGCAGUGGGGUGAGCGGGUACUGGGGGAAGGAAAGUGGAGAUUAGAGGAGGGUUUUUUGAGAAGCAGGAUGGUUCUGGGGGUUAGGGUGGGGGGAGACUUGGGAAGUGUAGGGAAAUGGGCUGUUUUUGACCAGAGACCCUUGUCAAAAUCUCCUGGGGACCAAGGAACUAUGUACAAAAACAAACCCACCAACCACCAAAAACUAGACAAAUAAAGACGAACUAAAACAAAACAGAAUAAAAAGAAACAAUACUUUAGAAAUUUAACUCCGGGAGCCGUAUUCUGCAGCUUCAUUUCCCCCUAAAGGAAGAGAAAAAAGAGCACCACUAGUAUUACCAUUGCCCAACACUACACACUCACACGUACUGAGUCAAAAGCCGAAAACCAAACGAACCAGAAGGUGAAAUUCUGGAUAGCGAAGCUAGUUGUUCUAAUUUAAUUUUUCCCUCUAAGUCUCACCUCCACUCCAUCCAUGCUGUUUGAUUUAUUUUCUCGGUUCCAGUGAGACUCCGAUGGCUGCUCUCCAUUGCCAGAAAGUGAGUGGGGGUGCAGCUGAAAGGCGGGAGGAGGGGUGGCUGCCUGUUUAGGUGGGGUCCAAGGUUUUUCCAGGGACCAGUCUGUACUACUGUGGCCUGGUCCCGGUUGGGUCCGGGUAUUUAGGGAGAAAGGAGCACAGUCUUUGAGAUGACUAAAAAGCAGAAUUUAGGGGCUCCGAAAUAAAUAUUUUAUUCUAGGAAAAUAAAACAAUUUUAACAAAGUUUUUCUCUUUCCGUUUUUGCUCUUGUAACUAAGAUCUAGAAAACAGGCUAUUUCCAAAUAAGUUUUUUCCCCCUCACCCAUAGAACUUGCUUGCCCUUUCACGUAUUUUUCUGUGGUUUAUGUUAAACUACCUACUGAAUUGGGUUUAUUUUUUUUCCUUCUUAAAAAUAGAUUGAUGGGGUGGGAGACACAUAGAAUAGAUACUUUGUCCCAUUUUCUCCACAGAACAAGACGCAUCUUGCUUUUCUAGGUCCCCUUUCCUUCUCUCGUGGAGAACAUGAAAUCAUUGAAAUACUGAAAAGUUUCUGCUUUCAGUUGAAGCAGGACUUGGCUGUGAGAAUCAACUAAAUCCCAGAUGAGAGGAAGACAGGUUCAAAGCCCUCCAUUUGUUUCAAGAGGGUCUGCAUGUUAGGGGGGAAACAGAACAACUGUGUUUCAUUAUUGUUAUUAUUCAAAAAAGUAAUUUAUUGCUGGGGAUAAAUGUUGGGUAGUAAGAACUUUAAUUUGCACUAUCAGUCUCCCAAAUAGAAAAUCAUGUAUAGUAUUUCAUAGUAAUAAUCAAGGUACUUUAUGAACUGCUGAUGAGUAAAAAAUGAGACAGUUGAAGGUGGAGGUAAAAUGCUUGCUUGGUGCACAAGAU